UAGAAAUGAGGACAGAGUGACAGUUUGACAAAUCUCACCGGAAUCCAUUAAAGCAUCAAUCGGAGAAGAAGAAGAAGAGGAGCGGGAAAAGAUGAGCUCACUAUGUCCGACGUAUUCCUCCUUAGUUUAUUCGUAUCCUCGUACUCAUUCGAGAUUUCAUCUCCCACAGCAACGUUGUUAUGUCGCCCCACGCACGUCACCCCGCCAUCUUCUCCCUUCCAUGAAUCUCCGGUCCCGGAGAUUGACGCUCAGAUGCUGUAGCAGUGUGAGUCCCGGUGGCCCUGGUCCUGGUGAGAAUGAGAGUAAAACCAUUCUGGAUGCUUUCUUCUUGGGGAAGGCUAUAGGGGAAGCUCUUAGUGAGCGUGUAGAAUCUACAGUGGGGGAAUUUUUAAGUACAAUUGGGAGGUUGCAAGCUGAACAACAGAAGCAGGUGCAGGAAUUCCAGGAAGAGGUUUUGGAUAGGGCUAAAAAGGCCAAGGAAAAAGCAGCAAGGGAAUCAAUGGAAUCACAAGGUCUUAUUGCACCAAAUACCACCACUGUUAAUGGUACAAGUUUUGGUACUACAUCACCCAAUCCUCCAAAUGUCCAGGAUUUCAAUAGGGAACCAGAUCCAACAGACACAGACAUUCUGUUUGGCAUAUCCAAUGAAGACUAACAACCCUUCACUGCAUCAUGUUGGAGAGAGAUUAAAGAUCUUAUGAUUGUAUAUUUCAUGUUUGUGAUAUGUUAGGUUCCGAGAGCCCUAGGCUUAUAUUAUUUUUUGUUAUAAUAAUGAUAUCAUAUCUACGAAAGAAAAUAUGCACUUUUUGUUAGUUAGUUACGUUACUAGAAGCAUUUCUAUAAUUAUACUCUAUAGAUAGAUAGAUGCUUAUCCAA